AGGCGCAGAUCCACUACCUCGAUCAGCUGACUGUGAGUGAGAAGCACUGUAGAAGGACCGUUGAGUCAAAAACCCGCUUUUAUCUGCGCUAUGUGCGGGGAGCUGCGAUUUAUUUACUGAUAUACACCGUGUGGACCGAACACUGAGGCCUUUAAAACAACGCGACCUACUCACUCUAAAGGGCCGGUGAACAAACCUCUUACCAGCAGCCAUGACUGAAUUCUGGUUGAUCUCAGCUCCCGGGGAGAAGACAUGCCAGCAGACUUGGGACAAGCUGAUGGUGGCAACAACACGCACCAACAACAUCUCUGUAAACAACAAGUUCAACAUCCCCGAUCUCAAGGUCGGAACUCUAGAUGUCUUAGUUGGUCUGUCGGAUGAACUGGCUAAACUAGACACUUUUGUGGAAAGUGUGGUGAAGAAGGUGGCUCAGUACAUGGCUGAUGUUCUGGAAGACAGCCGAGACAAAGUCCAAGAAAACCUGCUUGCUAAUGGAGUUGACCUCGUCACCUAUAUCACCAGAUUUCAAUGGGACAUGGCGAAGUAUCCAAUCAAACAGUCGCUGAAAAACAUCUCUGAGAUUAUCUCGAAGCAAGCAACUCAGAUAGACAAUGACCUGAAGGCCAGAGCUUCAGCAUACAACAACCUGAAGGGAAACCUGCAGAACCUGGAGAGGAAGAAUGCAGGGAGCUUGUUGACCAGGAGUCUGGCUGACAUAGUGAAGAAAGAGGACUUUGUGCUGGACUCAGAGUACCUGAUUACCAUGCUGGUGGUUGUCCCAAAGACAGGCUACACUGACUGGCAGAAGACGUAUGAAACCCUGGCUGAGAUGGUCGUGCCACGCUCCACUAAGCUGCUGUUUGAGGACCAUGACAGCGGCUUGUUCAGUGUGACUCUCUUCAGGAAGGCUAUCGAUGACUUCAAACACAAGGCCAGAGAAAACAAGUUUACAGUGCGUGAUUUCCAGUACAACGAGGAGGAGAUGAAGGCAGACAAAGAGGAGAUGACACGUUUGUCCACUGACAAGAAGAAACAGUUUGGGCCGUUGGUACGAUGGCUGAAAGUGAAUUUCAGCGAGGCCUUCAUCGCCUGGAUUCACAUAAAAGCGCUGCGUGUGUUUGUAGAGUCAGUAUUGAGAUAUGGGCUGCCGGUGAACUUCCAGGCUAUGCUGCUACAGCCCAACAAGAAGAACAUGAAGAAGCUGAGGGAGGUGCUGUACGACCUGUACAAACACCUGGACAGCAGCGCUGCCAUCAUUGACGCCUCUAUGGACAUCCCCGGACUGAACCUGAGCCAGCAGGAGUACUACCCCUACGUUUACUACAAGAUCGACUGCAACCUGCUGGACUUCAAAGUUUAGAGACAUCGCCAUCAUCAUCAUCAUCAUCAUCAUCUCUGUGGAGUCGUGCUCUGGUGUGACAGUUUCACAUCCCCAAGCUUUAAUUUAUUGCCACUCCCACCUUGAUUUUCCAUUUUUUUGUCUUUUCCUGCUCUUGUUGGUACAUUCCCGGGUCCAUGUUAAUCAAGUUGUUUGGAAUUCGAGUGCUGUUUUGUGAUUAUAAGUAAGGUCAGAUCGAUUUAUGAUCAGAACUUCUCCCUUUAUACACCUGAUUAAUAUGGGCCCUCGUCAUAGUUGUGUCUUCUUGUUUCUACCAUGCUGUAAAAGUGAAUUUCUCCCCUGUUUACACCCACCAAUAAUGGUUGACAUUCCCUUCUCGCGUCAAAGGACAUGCUUCAGAUUAAGUGUUGUUUUUUUACUGUCACCUCAUGCAACAAAAGCAGUCCCAUACGGGGGGAGGAUGGGAAAAAAAAAUGUAUGUUAAAUAUAGUAUUUAUUUAAAGCCUCUAAAAUCAGUGAAUGUGUUUUUUUGUUUGUUGGGUUCUUGAAUGUGCUGUGUUUUUAGCUCUGUACGGAACGUCUGUUUACAAGUAGAUGUUGAUCCCACUCUGGCUAUAAUCCAGUGACACAUACACACACACACAGCAAAAUCAUUUUACAGUAUAAAGAAGCAAUAUGUUUGCUUAUGUGCUCCUUUAAAUUCUGUACAUCAAGCAGUUUGAGGAAAAUAAUGAUGGGUCUAUGUGCAAAUACUGUAAUGUCAGUAUACAUGAAAAUGUAUCCACAAACAUGUAUAAUAAAUGUGAAAAAUAAAUACUCUAUGUGAAAUAUA